AUGAAGGUCGCCGAUCCGGACACCAAUGACGUUGUCCCUUCCCAGUGUAUGGGCAACCGCCCUUCUCAAACCGAAGACACUAGGCGUCUGAAACGAGUGCCAUCAGGGCCUAGGCGUUCCAGGUGGAAACCUCCAAGAGACGAUUGGGCCGGUCAUCUUGUUUCUCGAGUCCUUCGAGAAGCAAGACAUACGAUACUGGAAGCUGUGAACAUAAUUACCGUGUGGUCUGGGGGCGCUGGCGUAUUUAGCGAAAAGCCCGUGAACGUGUGGAAAGCCCUACGUGGGACGGUUCCCAAGUCAGUGAUGCCUUGCUGCACCUCCACAAGCAACGUCAAGUCAGACGGCGCGCGGCCAUCCUGGCAUCAUCCGGUUGGCUGUGGCACUGGAGUCUUGCAUGCAUUCGCCCACUCCGGGCAUUUAUCUACCAUAGCGUUGUUUGCCAUUCCUUCCGCUGCUCCGGAUUCGACAUGGGGCUUGGCCAUAUCGAGGCUCGGUAUGCCCGGGCUACCGACGAUACUUGACUCUGCCACUCCCAGCCGGGUGAUGCCGGCCAUGCCACUAGCUCUGAGCCCUUAG